ACUCAAAAAACACUUUGAGAUGUGGAGAAGAGAGGUGCCCGUUGGGUGAGGAACCCGGGAAGGCCCGCCCAGAUUCGGGCCCCCUUGCCCUUGUCCCCAGGGGUGGAGGCACGGGCGAAGCGGGGGCCCGGCUGGCACCGAGAGGGGCCGGCGUGACCCGAGGCCGGCGCGGGCGGCCCAGGCGGGCUGGGGGAAGUAGCCAUGCCUACCUGGGAGGCUGGCUGCGCGUCCCCCGACCGCUUUGCGGUGUGUGCCGAGGCUGAGGACAAGGUGCGGCAGCAGCAGCUGCAUGUGGAGCGUAUCUUCCGCGUGGGCAUGAGCAUCCUUCCGAAGGACUGUCUGCAGAACCCUCACAUCUGGCUGCAGCUGGAGGGCCCCAAGGAGAAUGCCAGCAGAGCCAAGGAGUACCUGAAGGGUCUUUGUAGCCCGGAGCUGCAGGAUGAAAUCCACUACCCGCCCAAGCUGCAUUGCAUCUUCCUGGGAGCCCAGGGCUUCUUCCUUGACUGCCUGACCUGGAGCACAUCAGCCCACCUGGUGCCUGGAGCGCCCGGCUCACUGAUGAUCAGUGGCCUUGCUGAGGCCUUUGUCAUGGCUCAGAGCCGGGUGGAGGGGCUUGUGGAGCGGCUGAGCUGGGACUUUCAGCCGGGGCCAUCCCUGGGAGCCUCUCAGUGUGCUGGGGUGCUGGGAGACUUCUCUGCCCUGCUGCAGCCCUGGGGGGAUGCCCACAGAGAGGCCCUGCUGCAGCUGCCCCUGGCUGUCCAGGAGGAGUUGUUGAGUCUGGUGCAGGAGGUGUCCAGGGGGCAGGGGCUGCAAACACUUUCGUCUUGGGAGGAGAGGGGCCCAGGCUUGCUGGGUGCUCAGUGCCAGGAAGCUGGAACUUCCCUGAGUGAAGGCAGGGAGUCCCUGGACACUGGAUCCAUGGGGCGGGGAGAGUCAAGGGGAGUGAGGGGAGAGAGUUAUGCUGUGGAGAAGGAGGAAGGGAAACAGAGUGGUCCCAGGGAGAUGGAUUUAGGGUGGAAGGAGCUGCCUGGGGAAGAGGCCUGGAAGAGAGAAGUGGCUUUCAGGCCACAGUUAGUGCCUAAAGGGGCAAAGGAGGUGGGGCCCCUGAAAGGGAAGGCCCUGGGGAAGGAGGGGGUGCCUCAGGAAAGAGGAGGGGUCUGUGUCCAGGGUGAGCCUUUUGGUGCCCAUGGCCCCUGUCAGAGGGCAGCUCAACCCCGGGGAGCCUCCCUCCUCCAGCGGCUCCACAAUGGGCAAGCCUCACCUCCAAGAGUGCCUAGCCCUCCACCUGCACCCGAACCGCCAUGGCACUGUGGAGACAGGGGAGACAAGCAGCAGUCCAUGGCUAGAGGUCGGGGGUCUCCAUGGAAACGAGGCACCCGGGGGGGCAACUUGGUGACUGGCACACAGCGUUUCCAGGAGGCCUUACAGGAUCCUUUCACCCUGUGUCUCGCCAAUGUGCCUGGCCAGCCAGACCUCCGCCAUAUUGUCAUUGAUGGCAGCAACGUGGCCAUGGUGCAUGGCCUCCAGCACUACUUCUCCAGCCGGGGCAUUGCCAUUGCUGUGCAGUACUUCUGGGACCGUGGCCACCGUGACAUAACUGUAUUUGUGCCUCAGUGGCGCUUCAGUAAAGAUGCCAAGGUCAGAGAGAGUCACUUCCUACAAAAGCUGUACUCCCUCAGCCUGCUUUCCCUUACCCCCUCACGAGUCAUGGAUGGCAAGAGGAUCUCCUCCUAUGAUGACAGGUUCAUGGUGAAGCUGGCUGAAGAGACCGAUGGGAUCAUUGUCUCCAACGACCAGUUCCGGGACCUGGCAGAGGAGUCGGAGAAGUGGAUGGCAAUCAUCAGAGAGCGCCUGCUGCCCUUUACCUUCGUGGGAAACCUCUUCAUGGUCCCUGAUGAUCCGCUGGGGCGAAAUGGCCCUACCCUGGAUGAGUUCUUGAAGAAACCAGCCAGGACACAGGAGUCUUCUAAAGCUCACAGUCCUUCCAGGGGCUUCAUAGAACAUGGUAAUCAGCAGCAGGGGAGAGAAGAGGAAAAAGGCAGUGGUGGCAUUCGGAAGAACCGGGAGACAGAGCGGCUCCGGCGCCAGCUGCUGGAGGUGUUUUGGGGUCAGGAUCACAAGGUGGACUUCAUCCUGCAGCGGGAGCCAUACUGCCGGGACAUUAACCAGCUGUCUGAGGCCCUGCUCAGUCUCAACUUCUGAGCCUCACCUGCUUGAGUGGUUGCAGUCCCGUCAGCUCCAGCCUCCCCCAGCUCAGCCCCUUCUGUGAGAGUCUCUCUGCUGCUCAGACUCUGACCCAGCCUCACUCUGAGUUGGUACUUUGGGUAAGGAAGCACCGAGGAAGAACAUUCGAGUAUGGAGAACGUUUUUGCCUGGGCACUUUGGGGACAGGUCCAUAAAGUGACCUGAUCUCACCUCGAGUCAGGACCUCAACCAGCUCUCAAGAGGUUCUGCUCAGUCUUAACUUCUCAGCCUUGCCUUAGUAUAGGUUUCCGUAAGUUCUGGGGACUGGGGCUAUUGGCUCCACCUCCAAGUGAGUUGGGGUGGAGGCUAGGGUGGGUGGGAGGUGGCAGGAAGCUAAGCCUUUCCUCCCCCUAGUGUUGCUCUGGAUGGUCAGAAGACAGGAUGCUUCCCAGGCCUGCCUAGGCUCCUGGGAGUAUGGAGGGAAUGCUAGGCCCUGGCAGGGCUAUAGUGUUCCGUGGGCUGGGUCGCAGUAGGGUAGCAGUGAGCUGGUGAAGAAGGCAGAGGGAGACUUGGCUUCUGGUCUCAGCUGUGCUUGCCUGUGACCCUGAUUGAGCUGCUUGGCCUUUACUUCUGUCUGUAAAUCAGCGGUAAAAAUACCUGUUAGGAGGAGAAAUGAGAACAUGGAGGAAAGCUCCUUGGAUGGAAGGUACUUGGACCAAGUUUUAGGUGGCUGCCUGUGGCCGUACAGGCUUCCUAACCCAAACCUCACUUUCAGAGAGAUGUGGGUCCUCUAUAUCCAGGGCCCAUACCCUUGAUUUUAACACUGUGUCCUCAGUAUAACAUGCCCUAUAAUGGCUGCAUCCUUUUUGGGCAAUCUCCAAAAUCCACAUUUAGAAAAUAGUUAAAUUAGGGGUUACUAUUUGCUUUACCGGAAUACUCUCAGGGUUCCUAUAAAUGGCAGCUCUUCUGUUGCAUUCAAGUGUUUGUUUACAGACUAACAAAUGUGU